AAAAAGCCUAAAAAGCGGGAUAACUUAUAAAUGAUGAGCUGUGCUGCGGUGCCUCUAGCGGUUACGUUCCCGCUUAUGUCGCUGCGAAUAUGAUCUUCGCCAGAAAAAAAUCCCACACCGUUAUUUUCUGCUCUGCUCAUUGGUUUCUUGCUCGGAAAGAACCCUAGCUUUCGCCACUGUACGCACGUACUCUUCGCCAUGGUCCAGCUUGCUUCGACCGCCUCGAAUUACAUUCGGUAUUUGCUUCAGAGCUUAAACAAUUCCAACUCCGACUCUGUAUUCCAAGAGCUCCUCCAGUGUGCUGCAUAUGGAACUGAGGGGAGCAUAUUGGUGCUUGGAAUCUGCUUUGAUCACCUGAAUAUCUAUGGGAAAGACUUGAAGAAUUUACAGUUGGAACCAGUUUUUGCUUCAAUUUUUAAAUACUUGUUGGAUAAACCUAAUUUUAGCACAGUUUUCUUCAAGUCAGUAAGAGAUGCUGCUAUUUGUGAGGAGUUUCUGGAGAACCUGUGUACUGCAUUACAGUUGACAGUAUAUGAGAAAAUUGGAGUUGGUAUUGCUUUGUCAUAUGUAGAAGACGUUGAUAUCGAAAUGUGUGGGAAAAAAUUCUUCAUGAUUCAGCUUGGGGAAUUAUUGUCAACUCGGAUGUCUGUGGACUCUGUGAAGAUUGUUCAGAACAUGGUUUUGAAGCAUGUGGAUUUGUUUAGGAACAUGCUCUCUCUUGUUCUAUCAAAAGAUGGAGUCCCUUUUCUUUCAGAUAAAAUUCAUGAAGCUGACUUUUCAUGCAUGAAUUUUGAUCUUUUAAAUGAAGGCGGUGAAGAUGAUUUUGAUGCUCUUCUAGCAGAGAUGGAGAUGGAGAAGGAGAUGAGCAUGGCUGAUAUAAUGAAGGAAUUGGGUUAUGGAUCCACUGCGAGUGUCUUGCAAUGCAAGGAAAUUUUAUCUCUUUUCUUGCCACUGACGGAAAUUACCAUUGCAAGGAUACUUGGAAUGACUGUUUAUACAUACUCAGGCGUCGAGGACAAUCACAAUAUAUUCUUGUCAUUUCAAACUGCUCUUGGAAGUAGCAGUCUAUCUAAUCUACCACCACUAAGUUCUUGGAAUACUGAUGCCCUAAUUGAUGCUAUUAACCAGCUAGCUCCUGGACUAAAUUGGGGAAUCAUCAUAGAAAAUCUAGAUCAUGAGGGCUUUUAUGUUCCUAAUGAAUCUUCUUUCUCCUUUCUCAUGUCUAUGUAUAGACGUGCUUGUCAGGAUCCUUUCCCUCUACACGCCAUUUGUGGCUCUGUCUGGAAAAAUGCUGAUGGCCAGCUUUCAUUUCUUAGAUAUGCUGUUUUGGCGCCACCAGAAUUGUUUACUUUUGCUCAUUCUGGGAGGCAACUGGCAUAUGUUGAUGCUGUGAAAGAGCAUAAGCUUCAACCUGGACAUGCAAAUCAUGCUUGGUUGUGUCUUGAUCUUUUGGAAGUGUUCUGCCAAUUGGCUGAGAGGGGUCAUGCAAGUCUUAUUCGAUGUAUUCUUGAGUACCCCCUUAAACACUGCCCUGAAGUCCUGCUUCUUGGCUUGGCCCACAUCAAUACGGCAUAUAAUCUCCUUCAGCAUGAAAUCUCUUCUAUUGCUUUCCCUACAAUGCUAAAAAGUACACUAGGGACACGCAUGAUUCUUUAUUUGUGGAAUGUUAAUCCAAGCAUUUUGUUGAGGGGGGUUAUGGAUGCCAUGAAGGAUGAUCCUGACAACAUUAAUAAAGUUUUAGAUGCCUGCCAAGAACUGAAGAUUCUUUCACCAGUGCUGGAUAUGAUUCCUUAUUCUUUUGGUAUUAGACUUGCUGCCCUUGCUUCUCACAAAGAAUUCAUUGAUCUUGGGAAAUGGUUGAGUACCAACUUAAGAGCAUAUAAAGAUAAUUUCUGUGAGGAAUGCCUUAAGUUCAUAAAGGAGGUGCUUUUUAGUGUUCAAGAUGAUUCUACUAACCACUUUCACCCACCUAAUGCUCUUUUGAAUAGUUAUUUGGAAACUGUUUCAAUGUUUGUUAAGGUCCUUCAAUCAUGUACAGGGUCAGUUUCGUCCUUUCACUUGUCUGAGGAAUUGGAGAAGCUGAACCUGACUUGCAUGAAUUCUAACUCAAGCCUUGAGAAUAUUGCUGCUGAUUCCAAUGAUAUUGAAGCAUCAGCAAAUUCUUAUUUCAAGCUACUGUUUACUGAACAGCUAACAAUUGAGUCAAUGAUUCAAAUUCUUGGGCGUUUCAAAGAAUCUUCUGAAAAAAGGGAAAAGUUAUUAUUUGGGGUUAUGAUUGCAAAUCUUUUUGAGGAAUAUAAAUUCUUUCCCAAGUAUCCAGAGAAUCACCUGAAAACUGCUGCAAUUAUCUUUGGAUCCCUUAUCAAGCAUCAUCUUGUGACUCAUAUUGAUCUUAAAAUUACUCUGAAAGCUGUCUUGGAUGCUUUACAAGAACCUGCAGAUACAAUUAUGUUUGGGUUUGGAACUCUUGCUCUGGAACAGUUUGAGGACUGUUUGAUCGAGUUGCCAGAAUUCUGCCAUCAGAUAUCACAGAUAUCUCAUCUCCGUGCAGCUAAGCCAGAGCUUAUUCAAUUCAUUGAACAUGAACUUGCAAGUGUUUCCAUGGUGAAUUCUGAAUUGGAUGAAGGCAAGAAUUAUAUUACUACUCAAUUUCCCGGGUCCAUCCCGUCUUCACAAUCAAGCAUUGAGCUACUCGGUUCUUCAGCAGCAAAAACUUCCUACCUUGGCACUGGUCAUCCUGCUCGGGCAAACUCAACAAGAGGGUUUGGUGCUGCUUUAAAUAUUGAAACACUAGUUGCUGCUGCAGAGAGAAGACAAACACCUAUAGAGGCUCCAGCAUCAGAGGUCCAGGAUAAAAUAUCAUUUAUCAUGAAUAACCUAUCAGAUGCAAAUAUUGUUGUUAAAGCAAAAGAGAUUGUGGAACUUUUAAAAGAGGAGCACUACCCCUGGUUUGCUCAGUAUAUUGUGAUGAAAAGAGCAAGCAUUGAACCAAAUUAUCAUGCAUUAUACGUGAAGCUCCUAGAUAUAGUAAAUUUGAAGGCAUUAUUCAAGGAGGUUGUCCGAGCAACCUAUGAAAAUUGCAAGGUUCUGUUACAAUCAGGUCUUAUAAAGUCAAGUUCAGAAGAGCGUUCAUUGCUGAAAAAUUUGGGAAGCUGGCUAGGAAAGAUUACCAUUGGCAGGGAUCAUGUUUUACUGGCUCGUGAGAUUGAUCCUAAGUCUUUGAUUAUAGAGGCUUAUGAAAAAGGGUUGAUGAUUGCAGUUAUUCCCUUCACCUCGAAGAUAUUGGAAUCAUGUCAAAACAGUCUAGCAUACCAACCUCCUAAUGCAUGGACCAUGGCCAUUCUUGGACUACUUGUUGAGAUUCAUGCAUUGCCAAAUUUAAAAAUGAACCUCAGAUUUGAUAUUGAGGUGCUGUUCAAGAACCUUGGUGUGGAUUUGAAGGACAUAAAUCCAACUUCUCUUUUGAAAGAACGUGUUAGGGAAUUUGAAGGAAAUCCAGAUUUCUCAAACAAGGAUGCUGGAUCUUCUCAACCACAGUUUAUUGGUGAUAUCAAAUUCGGAAUUGUGUCCAAUCUGAAUCAGGGUGAACUAUCAGUUGAUGUUGCAAGUACAUCACAUCCUGGUCAUCAUUCACAGAUAGUACCUCAGUAUGCUGCUUCUCUCCAUCUUCCAUCUAGGACAUUGACAGCUGAAGGGAAGUUAACAGCUCUAGUAUCUGAUCAGCAUAUACUACCUUCUGCUCAAGGUCUUCUACAAGUGGAAACACCAUUUUCUGUUGUUAGCCAGCUUCCAACAGCUGCAUGUAAUAUUGAGGAGCAAGUUAUUAUCAAUCCAAAACUCCAUGAUUUUGGCCUGCACUCACAUUUUCAAAGUGUACUUCCCAUUGCAAUGGAAAAAGCAAUCAAGGACAUAGUCAUGAGCAUUAUGCCCCGCAGUGUUUCUAUUGCCACUCAAACAACAAAGGAACUUGUGUUGAAGGACUAUUCCAUGGAAUCUGAUGAGACCCAGAUACGUAACGCAUCACAUUUUAUGGUUGCCGGUUUAGCCGGAAGUCUAGUUCAUGUGUCUUGCAAGGAAGCUUUAUGUGUUUACAUAUCAAGUCAACUUAGAAAUACACUUGAGGGAACAGACAUUGCAAAUGAGUUCCUUGAACAUGCUGUACAACUCGUGACUAAUGACAACCUUGAGCUUGGCUGUGCAUUGAUUGAACAAACUGUGAUAAAGAAGGCUAUACAAACUAUUGAUGAAACCAUUGCUAUUGAGCUUGCCAGUAUGACACAUAAGGAGGGGCACACACACAUUGAUUCAUACAUCUAUACAGAACAAUGCAAGGGAGUUUUACCUGAAGCCCUUCGCAUAAAAUCUGGUCACUUAUCCUACUCUCAACAGCGAGUUUAUGAGGAUUUUGUUCGCUUACCUUGGAAAAAUCAAUCAAUCCAGAGCUCAAAUGCUUUGUCCCUAGGUCCUGCCUCAUCAAAUAACAGUAUUCUGUCGCAGGCUUAUGUAGCAGGAUCUGCGCAAAUGAGUACUGCUGCUAUUUACUCUUCUGACCUUUUUAAGGCAGGAGUUGCUGCUGUUCCAAAUUACUUGGAUAUUGCAUCAGAAGAGAUAGAUACUAGUUCGUCUCAGCUUCAUAGUGCCUCUUUACCUCCAAUUGGGAUGGGUGACGGUGCUAGUUCUUACAAUUUUGAAAAUGACAGUAUAGUGACUCCGUUUUCUUCAGUCUUAUUGCGCCCAAUCAAGCCAUGUAAUGUUGUAAAGGGGACAGGGUGUUCCAUACAGCCACGAAACCCUACACUCUCCUCUGAGGAUCUUGGAAGUAGUGUUUCAGAGCUCUCCUCUGAGGAUCUUGGAAGUAGUGUUUCAGAGCCAUCAUUGACCACAGGCGAUGCACUGGACAAGUACCGGAUUAUUUUGGAGAAGCUUGAAAAUCUGGUGACUCGUGGAGCUAAGGAAACAGAAGUUCAGGGCGCUAUUGCUGAAGUUCCAGCAAUAAUCCUCAGAUGUAAAAGUCAAGAUGAGGCAGCCUUGGCUGUGGCUCAAAAGGUUUUCAAAGGAUUAUAUGAAAAUGCAUCAAACUUUGAACAUGUUACUGUUCAUCUUGCUAUGCUGUGUUCUAUCUGCGACAUCAGCAAGGUUGUUGUUAAGGAGCUGACUAGUUGGGUGAUUUACUCUGAUGAGGAGCAGAAGUUCAACAAAGACAUAACUGUUCGUCUUAUACAGAGUGAUCUACUGAGCCUUGCAGAGUAUAAUAUUCAUAUGGCGAAACUUAUUGAGGCUGAAAGAAAUAAGUCUGCAACUGAGUUUUCAAUUUCUCUUAUACAAACAUUGCUGAAGAUUGAUUCAAAAGCUGUAUUGGAGCUGCAAGAUCUUGUGGAUGCAUUGGGAAAGCUUGCUGCAAGACCUGGUUCUCUUGAGUCAUUGAAACAGCUGGUUGAGAUAGCCAAGAAUCCUUCUGCUAAUGUUGUGGCUUCGUUUGGUGCUUCUGGCUGGAAGGCGGAUAAUUUCAAACAAUCUAAGGGAAAAAAGGCAGCUAUGCUCCCUCCAAGCGGUGGAGAUAAGAGCUCUUUUGAAUGUGUUGAGCCAGGCCCUGCUGGAUUCCAUGAACAGGUCUCCAUGCUGUUUGUUGAAUGGUACCGGAUAUGUGGAAGUCCUGGAGCAAAAGAUGCUGCUUCUGCGGCUCUCUAUGUUUCACGACUACACCGUAGUGGCCUAUUAAAAGGGGAUGAUGUCUCAGAUUGCUUUUUCCAGAAGCUCAUGGAAAUUUCCGUGUUACACUGCUUAUCAUCUGAGGUGAUUAGUUUGAGUCUUUCCCAGGCAUCUGAACCAAAACUUCUGUCAUUCCGUGCUAUUGAUCUCUAUGCCAACUUGGUGUACUCAGUUGUGAAGUUUUAUCCAGUUGAUCAGGGAACAAGCAAAAUUUCCCUAUUGUCUAGGGUCCUUGCCGUAACUGUGAAAUUCAUUCAGAGAGAUUCAGAUGAGAAGGCGGAUUCCUUUGAUCCAAGACCCUACUUUAGGCUUUUUAUAAAUUGGAUAAUUGAUUUGUGUUCAUCAGAUUCCAUAUUUGAUGGUGCAAACUUUCAGAUCUUGACUUUGUUUGCAAGUGCCUUCCAUGCUCUUCAACCACUUCAAGUGCCAGGGUUCAGCUUUGUGUGGCUCGAGCUUGUUACUCAUAGAUGUUUCAUGCCAAAAUUACUCGCCGGAAAUGCUCAGAACGGGUGGCCUUAUUUCCAUCGAUUGUUGGUUGACUUGCUCCAGUUUAUGGAGCCAUUCCUUAGAAAUGCUGAACUAGGAGAAGCACCGGUCUGUCUUCUAUAUGAAGAGACACUCAGGGUGCUGUUAAUUGUUCUUAACGACUUCCCAGAGUUCCUCUGUGACUAUCACUUCAGCUUCUGUGACGUGAUACCUUCGACCUGUAUACAGAUGAGAAACAUGGUUCUUAGUGCAUGUCCUCGCAAUAUGAAUCUGCCUAAUCCUUCAGCUCCUGGCGUAAAGAUUGAUCUACUACCUGAGAUCAAACUAUCCCCACGCAUUCUGUCUGAGGUUGAUGCUGCUCUUAAAACAAGACAACUUAAGCAUGAUGUGGAUGAAUACCUUAAGACAAGGCAACAGGGGUCUCUGUUUCUUAGGGAGUUGAAGCAAACACUGUUACUGUCUCCUAGUGAAGCUGCCCGGGCUGGGACUCAUUAUAAUGUGCCUCUUAUCAACUCUCUUGUGCUCUAUGUUGGGAUCUUGGCUGUACAACAGCUGCAGAUGACAACAAGAACAGCAACAUCUAAUAAUAAUAGUAAUUCACAAGUGCUGCUGCUGGCAAAUAGUGCUCCGAAUCCUUCAACAGUACUCGAUGCUGCUUUUGAUAUCUUCAAGACUUUAUGCAUGGAGUUGGACAAGGAGGGGCGUUACGUGUUGUUGAAUGCAAUUGCAAAUCAAUUGCGCUAUCCAAACAACCACACGCAUUACUUCUCCUUAACCAUCCUCUAUCUUUUUGCUAACUCAAACCAGGAAAUGAUACAAGAACAGAUAAUAAGAGUGAUAUUGGAACGCCUUGUUGCCAAACCACCUCAUCCAUGGGGACUCGUGGUCACUUUCAUUGAGCUCACAAGGAAUAAGAAUUACAACUUCUGGGAAAGGUCGUUCACCAGGUGUUCACCUGACGUUGAGAACCUCCUGAAAUCAGCAUUCUGCAAAUAUAAUAUCAUCCGUGCUAAGAAUUAGUGCUGCACUUGGCUCAUAAUAUCAUCCCUCACAUCUCCAUUUUAUCAUCUUCCAUCAUACUUUCACUUCAUUGCUGGACCUUCACAAUGACGGACUCCAACUCCUUUUCAAUGUGGAUUUUGUUACUCAAAUUACAAUACACACUUACCUCAAUAUCAAUUGCUCUCCCAUUUUAUACUAGACUAGAAACUAAUUAAUUCUUUCUUUCUUUGCUAUAAAUAAUUUUUUAAAUAUUAUAUAGAGAAUGACAUUUUUAAUUCCUCAA